CUCCCAGUCUACCUGUAGUCACAGACAGACGAGCUGCUCGUUUCAUAGCGGGCGACCAGUAGUAGGAGAAGGAUGGAGAUGCUGGAGGAAUAGCGACAUAACGACAACACAUCGACUCUGGUGGUUCCCCACCGAAUACGGGGAGAGGCGGACCAUGAUUGAAAUGUUUGACGCCACAGAGCUGAAUACCAAACUGCCUUGUACUAUCAAGAGAUAGCCAGUCUGCUGGAUGGAGACCCAGGAGGAAUGACAGAGUCUUUUCUCCCUCGGGUGCUGCACCGACAGUUUGAGAAAAUGCACUGGGCCGCUGGGUGUGUUUUUCUGCUCCUGGUGUCUCUUUUCACCUCUCACACCACUGGGGCCUUAUCGCCGGACACUGAUGGAAACAGUACAGAGAACGGCACUGUGACAGACGGCGGAUUUGUCCCAGCUGCAUUCACCAAAGUGAGUCAGAUAAUUGCCCGGGAGGGGAGCUGCGCGCUGAUUGAUUGCAAUGUCACCGGAGAGCCGUUCCCCAGCGUUCAGUGGUUCAACUCCCAUGGAGACCGCCUGGACACAGAGAACGGUGGAGGGAAAUGGUGGCUGUUGGACGGUGGCGUCCUUAACAUCACCAGCAUCGAGUUUGCCGACCGAGGGAAAUACACCUGUAUGGCGUCAAACAUUCACGGCAGCUCCAACUGCACAGUGACACUGCGUGUGGUGUUCACCAAUGGUGACAUGGGCGUGUACUACAUGGUGGUGUGUCUGGUCACCUUCACCAUCAUCAUGGCUCUGAACGUCACACGCCUCUGUAUGAUGAGCAGCCACCUGAAGAAAACCGAGAAAGCCAUUAACGAGUUCUUCCGCACCGAGGGCGCCGAGAAGCUGCAGAAGGCCUUCGAGAUCGCCAAACGGAUCCCCAUCAUCACCUCGGCAAAGACGCUGGAGCUCGCCAAGGUGACGCAAUUCAAAACCAUGGAGUUUGCGCGGUACAUCGAGGAGCUGGCACGCAGCAUCCCGCUGCCACCGCUCAUCAUGAACUGUAGAACGUUCAUGGAGGAGAUCCUGGAGGUAGUAGGCGUGGAGGAGAUGAGGCACACCUUUGUCAGACAGGCGCCAGAGGGAUGUCGAGAAACGGCGGGGAGAGUCGCCUCCAUCGGGGCGAGAGAUGUCUUCACCAUCCUGCAGGAGAGAGAACGAGAACGAGAGAGGGAGAGGCAGCGCAGCGAAUCCCCCGCUGCUGACUCCGACAACUCCUCUGUUCACGAGCAGCCGCAGCACAUCGCAAUCCAGGUGUCAGUGCACCCGCCGCUCGCCAUCAGCGGCUACUGCAGCAUUGAAGCUCCACCUCCUCCUGACACUGCACCCUGCUCGCCUCCCCCAUCCUCCCCGCCACCUCUGUCCCCUCAGCAGCACGAAGAGCAGCCGGAGGAGGAGGAUAAAGACGAGGCAGCGGCGAACAAGACCCCACCCUGCCAGGUGUUCUAUGAGAGCCAUGUCUAACAAAAACAAACUCCUGCUCUCCUGCUAUGCAUUUCCACUUGAAGACAAAAAGGUCAAAACAUUUUUGAUUUCACAUUUUUAAGAGAAACAAUCACAUUUUAUUUAUCGUUUAGGAAUAGAACAAUCUCUCUGACGUGGUUCUACUGAGAUUUCAUCUAAAGGUUUUUACUCACUUGAGCGUUUUUCUCACUCUGGACUUCGUGCUUGAAUGUACACAGGGAGGGGUAAUCAACAUUAUUAUUAAUGUAAUAAGCAGUGAAUUGUAAAGGGACAUUUCCUGUGUUGAGAUUUUCAUAGCUCAGUCUUUUAUUUAAAGAAUUAGUGUACCUCACUAUGGAGGGCGGGGAUGAUUUUUCAGUUUUUAGUUUCUUACAGAUCUCGGGGUUUUUACGACUAAACUUCAGAAAUCUGCCUCAAGCUGCUCUUAACGUCCUCCAUUCUCUCACAUCCAGCUACUGUUAAAGCUGAUCCACUGGGAUUGUACGACGCUCUGCUCACCUGGAGAUGCAUGCUGGUCUGAAAAUGAUCUGGCAACAUUUCAUGAUUGUACGGCCUGCUGAAUUUUACAAAAAACAACCGAAUAAGCCAGUUAAACGUGCGUUUGUGUUGUAUAUUUCCUUAUGGGUCACACCUCUGGGUAGAGUUUUGUCUGUUUCCUUUGGAAUAUUUUUAAGAGUAUUAUUAUUACCCACGAGGGUGUGAUUUUUAAGCUUGUUUGAGCUGUUUUUAAAGUAGAUAAGAGUAGCUUUUUUCCUCCGCCAUGUGCAGUUUUUAGGUUUUUUUAUUUACUUCCUGAUGUGAUUGCAGCAUCAUUUGCUUCUGCAGAGGCUUUACAGGUAGGUUGUUUCUCUGCUGCAUGUGAGAGCGGACAGUAAAGAAGUCUGACAACUUUCUCUGGGACUAAAAAAAAGGAAUCCUCUCUUUCCUCCCUUUUGCUUGGCUAACAGUCCAGUGUGAGGUGGGGGAUGAACUGGAUGCUGUUCUGCUUUUACUGGUGCUCUUGAGAUGCCUCUUUUUUGUAGUGUAAUACAAUGAAAGUGCUGUGUAUAAAGACUCCAACAAAAACA